AACGUACUAACGCAGGCACUGACACUGGCCAAAUACGUCUCCUCCGGGUCAACUUGGUGGAGUUAAGCUUGAAGUUUGCUAGGCCUCAUUUUCAUGGUUCUAUACCUACGGGCGAUCCUGACCUGGCUAGGCUUCCUAUUCAACACAACUGCACCACAUAUUAUCCGGUCCAUCGCACGCCAAUGCAUCCUCCGCAUCCGCAAGUUAGGUAUCCGUCCUGCACAGUCUGGCUUGCAAACGCUUUUGAGCCGUCUCCUUGCAUACUAUCAGAGGAUUUCACCAAAGAACAGUCAUGCAGAACAAGAGACAACAUAUUUUACAGCUGCAAGCACCAUCCAUCCAGGAGUCCUUGCGCCAGUAAACGAUCUGAGUCAGAGCUCACCUAUCCAGGCAAAUCAGCUUCAAGUUCAGGUCAGUCAACAUCCUGCUCAAGGUUCCAUCACUUCCAUCGAUUCCCGGUCACAAUCUGCGUCGACAACGGAAUGGGAUCCCAAAAGGUUCAAACCGUUGGCUCCGCAGCUUUGCCAGAGGUACACAGGAAGGGUGCUUGUAAGGAGUGACAUCGAGACCAAGCCUAUCCCAGCCAAAAAGAAGGAUUUUUCAGAAACGCCUGUCGACGGUUGGGAGGGUGUCGUACAUCCGGAGGGAGCGUUGUACUUCUAUGAUGCUACUCGGCACGUUUUCACGGACGCAAAUUUGAGAAGCAGAAGGCUUCUCAAGGCCAUCAAUCAUCUGGCUUACCAGCUACGCUUGAAAGCCAGUGAUAUAAUCGAUGACUCAACACAUCUAGUUUUAGAGUUGCAAGCGAAAGAAGACGCAUGUAAUUAUUACUUCGUGCAGCACGAUAAACGACUCUUGUUCUGGCUGCAGGAUUUCGAUGAGCCCAUAUGUAUCUACGAACAUGUCAAGGGUGUUAAAUCGGAUACUCACAUCAAAAUCGCCCUCGAGGCACAGUAUUGGAUGCACUGUGAACUAUACCCGAGCAAUGCUCCCAUCCAGCCUCAGAUUGCCACAGAACUCAAGCAUGUUCUUCUUCAUGCACACUCAGACUUUUUAACAUCCGAUACCUCUGUUGUUCCCUAUGACCUCUCUACGCUACACAGCAUGCUGGACCUUUCGAACAAUCUCGUGGAAUACGUAGGGCUUCUAACACCAUCUAGUGAUGAGUGUGUGGAAUUGCCUGCUCAUCUCAUGUGUGUACUAGCUCGCCUCAUGCGGUUGUUCGCUCGUUCAAAACUCUUGAACUUCUAUGGACAAGCUGGCGCGCGUCUCAAUGCUAACCAGUCGGUCUAUGAAGUUGAAGAAAGUAGACAAAAAGGCACAUUCCGGCUUAGGCUUGCGAACGUGUUCCUCUGGGGCGCACCAGCUGCACAGUACAAAUUCCUGAGAAACACAUGGGUAGACAAUAUUUUGAACUAUCCUAAGUGGUACAGGCACAUUAACAGACUCAAUGGCGACUGGAGCAACGUUGCGAUCUUUUCCACCGUGAUGUUAGCAGUUGAUGUUAGUUUUCUGUGUGCUCCUGGGGUCAUCAGCGCAGUAGCCGUGGUCAUUUAUCUGUCCACGAUGUGCUCUGUCAGUUCCUUGGUGGUAUCCAUACUUCUCGCUGUCGAGAGCCGCGGAUGGGGCACAGACUCCGCUGAAGGCGCCGCAUCGUUCAUGGCCCGAAUGAUCCACACACAAUCAGAUGUCGAAGCGCUAGCGAUCAUGUACAGCCUUCCAUAUGCAUACUUAAUCUGGGGAAUGUUUUGCUUCGUUACCGCUCUGGGUAUUUAUGUUUUCCACUCGACAAAUACAGCAACACUGGUUGUUGUAGGUCUUUGCUGGGUUGCUGCUACUGCCUUGACACUAUGGCCCGCGUGGUGGGGUAAAUUCGUUAUGACACCUUGGUCCGUUCCAUCCAGGAAGGGAGGACAUGUGAAGGAGACUGUUUGAGCUUGGUCGUCGUGGGGCACGGGGUAUGGAGGAUAGCGCGCGCUCGUCGUAGUCGGCGAUGUGCGGAGGCCUGAAACUCGAUGCGUAGUUGGCAACUAUGCGCGUUUCAAGAGGACGUCCCUUUACACAAGCUCGGUGAUACGAUCGUCAUGGCUGACCGAGCUACAUGAUGCUUUGGAAGAAGCCGUCAGGCUUGUGGAGGACAGCUCGAUCGAUAUCGACUGAGAGAUCUGAUGUACACUAGAGCAGAUACACGUAGCUUUGUCAUGGCCGCCC